GGUCGUGCUGGAUCAAAACGUGAGCAUAACUGAGGAUGAGGACGGCUACUGUGAAAUCGACGAAGUGAGAGCUGCAGCAGUACUGCUGGCGGAGAACGAGAAAGCUAGGAAGCUUACGGAGGCCGCCGCCGCCGCUGCUGCUACCUCUACUAGCCCGACAGCACCAAGUGCAGGCGAUACCUUAGACGAGGGGGGAGCGACUAGUGGAGCCGGAGAUCGGGCUGUGAAAUCUCCCGAUUCGCACAUAGAAAUCAACGAUAAUUACGACUCAACACUGAGUCCUUCCAUGACGCAAAAAUACUCCGGAGCGCUGCUGGGUACGGAACUGUGCGGACAGAACCGGCUGCUACACGCCACAUCCCAAGCCCCGACCGUACCGUGCCAUCUGAUAGUAAACCACAUCACUGGAGUGUAUGCCCAGAUAUCGCUGCUUUUGCCCAAACUCAGCGAGAAGGAUUUGGAGCAGGAAAAGCUGCGAAGGGAGAACCAAUAUCUGCGAGAGCUGUUGAAUGCCAUGCAUCAGGAGCGAGUUUUAGAAUCACAGGAAACCACACAAAAUCAACGGCCCGAGCAAGGUGAUGCGUCGCAGCAUUCAACAAUGGCUCCAACAACACCACCGUGCUCCACAACAACAGUACCCCUGGAAGGCGAUAGCACGCUUACUCAACCGCAACAGCACCAGCAACAACCAAAAGCAGCAGAUGAACCGGAACAUCCCUGAACGCGAAUGCAGCCAGUUCGGUAACCACUCAACCCUCUGCUCUGCAGCAUGGCUCCUGGUGAUCGUGCAGAGAUCGUGCAGAGAUCGUGUCAUCGCGAGGCUGUGGGAAAAUAAGAAACAACUCUUGCUACUUAGAACAGUAACUUCACAGUUUUGUUUGAAGCAUUAACGGCCAUGUGGAAAGCCCCGUCUGGUAUUCCAGGGCGGAUUCCCGGCAUUUUCGGGUUCAGCCUGUUAAUAUCGAUUGUGAAUCAACAUUGAAAAUGCCUUACGUAGAGGGAGAAGCGGAAAGAAACGGCUGCGUUGUUAGGGUAUGCUAUCCGAUAGUCCAAUAUGCCUUGAUGUUGGAUCAAAGCUGGGUAAACUUUUGCCGCUGUGUAUUUAGUACCGUUGGUGUCGUGUAAAAAAAAAAAAGAAAUCAGUUCGUUCCUUCUCUCAUUCACCUUCCGUAAAAUUUCCCUUUCAACAUGUUGUAAAGUAGAGCUAUGGCGCGAUCGACCGACCGACCGACCGAAGCGCGAACUAUCCCUUAUCGUAAUCGAAUUGAUUCUAGUGCCUCUCGCUCUAUCUCUCGGUUUAUUUAAGCGCUUUUGUUAAAUGCGCCCGCGCGCUUUUCUCAUCCAGCCUCAACUGUCGUCACAAUGUUUCUGUUUCUUUAUCAAGAUUUUGAUUUAUUUUUUAUCAUUAUUGUUAAACUUAAUAUUAUUAUGCUUAGUAAUCUUAUAUUAUUAGGAUGAUGAGUACUAUUAUAACUGCUAUACUACUGCUAUUGCUACCCGCUAUCGUGUAUGUGUGAAAACUGCAACAGUUUUUCGCAGCGAACCGUAACCGUAACUGCGCAAACGGUGGUAAGUCGACUAAAGCAACCGCUUUGGAUGACGCCGCACGUCACGUGUCGUAUGUAGGGCAUGUUGAGAGCAGCAGUGAGACGUACAGUGUUGAAUGCCUAUACCACGGUGAGGGAACACCAACACCACCAGCAACACAAGAAAUAGAGGAAUCGUUUACUAAAUUAUUUAUUGUAAAUUCAUGCUAUAUCUCUCUCUCUCUCUCUCUCUCUCUCUCACUCUCUUUUUACUGCUGCUAUCCGACUUCUAUUCCCCGGUAACGCCAUGCAAUUGUUAUUGCUGACGUGCUUACGCAUUUUGUAAAGAUACGCGAUAUUCGAGCAUAGAAACAACACAAUCUCUUACUAGCCGUGAACCGGCUAUUCUCUAUCUAGCGUGUAAACAGCACACAAGACGCCUCCUAUAGUAUGGUAGCAUAACUCAAACCGAUCACAAUCCUUAAAGUAAUGUAGUGCAGAAUAUCCAAAGCCAGAAACCCUCGGAUCAGUAACACCACAGAUAGGGCAAGAAAGAGAGAAAGGAAGGGAUACCGAAUCAAAGUGGAAAACUAGAAACAAAGUUAAGAAAGAGACGAUAAAUUUGCAAAUAUAAACCCCAAAAACCCGUUGUACAAAACUA